CCGGUGAUGAACUCAAGAUGUCAAUGACAAAAUCUUUGCUACUUCCGCGGGCUCGGUUUGACGCGUCGCUGUUUUACUUAACCCGCAAAUUUAUGGACAUUAUUAAGACGGCCCCAGAGGGUGUUGUGGACCUAAAUGAAGCUGCUAAGCAGCUAGGGGUGAGGAAAAGAAGAGUAUAUGACAUCACCAAUGCAUUGGAUGGCAUCCGUCUUAUUCAGAAGAGGUCCAAGAACUUGGUCCAAUGGGUGGGGGCAGACCUGAAUCAAAUAGGAAAGGAGAUCACGGAGCAACAGCAGAUCCGCAAUGACAUCAGCGAGCUCUCCGCUAUGGAAGAAGCCUUGGAUGACCUAAUCAGAGACUGUGCUCAACAACUCUUCCGGCUAACAGAAAACCGCGCAAACAGGAAAUUGGCCUAUGUAACGUACCAAGACCUGCACAGUAUUGAAGAAUACCACGAGCAGAUGAUCAUUGCUGUGAAAGCCCCAGAAGAAACCAAGUUAGAAGUCCCAGCACCCAGCGAGGACUGUAUAGAGAUUCAUAUAAAGAGCACAAAGGGCCCAAUUGACGUGUUUCUGUGUGAAGUGGAGCACAAAGAUCCAGAUGAGAAAUCUUUUCAGAGAUUAACAAAGACUCUUAAGAUGGAACCGAAUCCAAUUCCGAUUGAUGAUGAUGACUGAUAAAUGGAGGAUUCUAUCCAUACUGAUGGGAAACCGCUCAUCUUUCUAAAUGCGUCACAGACGCUUAAAGGGACUCCUGGAGGAGCUGUUUCUAUUGCACAAAACACCACCCCGGUUUUAUUGUUCAUGGCUGUGGAAAGCUCUAGGAAACAACUUU